CGAGCGCCUGCUGCUUUACGAUUAAAAAUUYUAAUUUAGGUUUGCAAAGUUUUGUWGAUGUCUUCUUAAUUGGUGUUAAAAUAUUUUUACUCGCUUAACUUCCUAAUAAAACAUGAAGAAAUUGUUUAUUGUCUUAACCGCAUAGCAGAAGUUUGCUUAAGUUUGCUGCAGAGCUAAAAACACGCUAGCUAACCGGAGCUAGCUAGCCAUUUUUARGGAUGCUCUCCGGUGUUUUUGUUUCAAAGUCUUAAUAAAUAAGCRGCUGGAGAUGUAAAAAUGGUGAUACUACGAGAGGGAAUGUGUCCUGGACUGGAUGAAGAUUUGCUGCGGAGUUUGCGUGCAGCUGACAUUAGAACAGUGGAGGACCUGGUCUCAUCUGACACCGAGGAAUUGGCACAGAAAUGUGCCGUGUCUUAUAAGGCUCUGUUUGCCAUCCGCCGAGUGCUGCUGGCCCAGCACACAGCCUUUCCUGUGUCCGGAGCCGAUCUGUAUGAGGAACUGUUGAGCUCCACGGCCAUCCUCUCCACGGGAAAUCCCAGUUUAGACAAACUUUUGGAUUCUGGCUUGUUUACCGGAGAGAUAACGGAGCUGUCAGGAGGCCCGGGAAGCGGCAAAUCUCAGGUGUGCUUCGGCGUCGCCGUGCACAUUUCUCACCACCUGAAACAGAGCGUGAUAUACAUCGAUACAAAUGGAGGGCUGACUGCCAAGCGCCUGCUGCAGAUGCUGCAGUCUGAAACCACAAACACAGAUGAGCAGAUGGAAGCUCUUCAGAGGAUUCAAAUCUUUCGUUUGUUCGACGUCUACGCUCUGCUCGACUGUCUGUACGGGCUUUGCGGUGGCGGGCUUCAGCAGGCGUCUGUCGGCGGGGGCUCUGUGAAGGCGGUGAUCGUGGACUCKGUGUCGGCAGUCAUUUCCCCUCUGCUGGGAGGCAAACAGAACGAAGGCAUGUCCUUGAUGAUCCAAGUGGCAGGAGUUCUGAAGAGCAUGGCGAAGGACUUCAGCGUCGCUGCUCUGGUGACAAACCACGUAACGAGAAGUGGCAGCGGAGACGUGCAGCCGGGCCUCGGCGCCUCGUGGAGCCACGUCCCCAGAACCAGAAUCCUGCUGGAGAGAGUCGAGACRCCUCUGUCUGCCGGCCGCUCCGGUCUCCGCUCCGCAACGCUGAUCAAGUCCUCCAGACAGCCACUUCACGUCAAACAGGAGUUCGAUCUGGGGUGGUGGAGUCGCGCUGGAGGAGGACCCUCAGGAAAGAGGAAACUGGAUCAGACCGAGCCCUGACAGAAACUCUGA